AUUGCGAUCGGGCCGCGACGAUCCCAUGAUCGUGAGCUCCGAUAGAGACUCUCUGGUAGUGUUCUCUUGGUCAAAGGAAACAUGAAUUUGUCGACGAUGGUGAAAGUGGGUUACGCUCUGGUGAUUUUUACCCUGUUGCUGAUGAUGUGGGCGUCUUUGGUUCGGAUGCACGAGCUUCCAGUGCAGUAUCCACCGUGUUUCUUCAACCCUCUUUGCACCUGUUCGAAAGCCAUGCCCGAUCUGGGAAUAGUCACCUGUUACAACGUGCCGAUGCCGCGGAUACCUCAGCCAAUAAACUCCUCCAAAGUGUUCAUGCUGCAGUUGGAGAACAACGGACUGAUGUUUCUACAGCCACAGUUUCUCAUGAACACCGGUCUGUACAGCCUACGGAUCAAGCAUAAUCCCCUGGCCGACAUCCCGGACGAAGCUUUCCUAGGGCUUGAGAGAUCGUUAUGGGAGCUCGAAUUACCCUACAAUCGCCUGGAGAAGGUUCCCAGCAGGUCAUUCAGACAUUUGCAAAAAUUACAGCUUCUCGACCUGACAGGUAACAAAAUAUCAAAGAUCUCGCCGGACAAUUGGCGCGGCCUUGAGAAUUCGCUGCAGAAGCUGCGCCUGGGACGGAACGCGAUCGACAAACUUCCGGCGGACGCGUUCGCGGGCCUCACUUACUUGGACAUGCUGGAUCUGCGUGAGAAUAAUCUGAAGGAGAUCGAUCCGUCCGUGUUCAGGGACGGCAUGGCGCAUUUAAUAUACCUGUACCUGAAUGGAAAUCAACUGACUCACAUACCGUACGCGCAGCUGUCCUCUCUGAAGCGUAUGAAACUGUUGGAUCUCAGUUACAACAGGAUCUCGAAGAUGCUGAACCCGCAGCAGGAACCGGAGAUCAGAGGGUUGCAGAUGUCAUUGGACAUACUGCGACUGGAUUACAAUCAGAUCGAGACGUUAAUGUCCGGUGAUUUUCAACAUUUUUACAAAGUGAACAGAACGCACCUCGACGGCAAUCCUUUAACUAUGAUCGAGGAGGGCACGUUCAGGGAUUCGAGAAUACGCGAGCUUUAUUUCAGCGAUUGCGACCUAAUGGAGGUCAAUUCCCCGAAUUUCGCCGGCUUGGAGUCGUCCUUGGAAUUGCUGGAUCUCUCAGGGAAUAACAUUACUUCUCUCCCAAGUCCAAUCUUCCAAGAGUACGAUUUCUUGCGGACGUUGAUCUUCCGCGAGAACAAGAUCCAAACGUUUUCGCCAGCCGAGGUGUUCAACGGUUUCCAAUACUCUCUAUACAAUCUGGACUUAAGCGGCAAAGAAAAUAGCAUGGUGUCGCUUCAGGAUUUACGGCAAAUGCGAAACAUGCGAUUCCUUUCGAUCUCACGGAUGCCACAGUCCACGCUGUCCCCGGACGAUUUCAUGGAGUACGGGAUGGACAUCAAGGAACUCCGUAUAGUCAAAAGCAAUUUGAAUACCAUCAAGAGCCACGCUUUCAUGCACGUACGCGGGAUCAAGUACCUGGAUUUCUCGGAGAAUGCCAUCUCCUCCAUCGAAGACGAAGCUUUCUCCGAGGUUGGCCACUCGCUGUUAAUACUGAGAAUGUCUCAUGGCCUUUCGUCUUCCGUUUCUGAAAUCCCCAGCGGCCCGUUCAAGUUUCUGACGAACCUGCAACACCUCGACUUUAGCAACAAUAAGAUUAAAUCGCUACCAGACACGGCUUUUCACUUUUUGAAGAGGAUCAGGCGAAUGGAGUUGCAGGACAAUGAGAUCGACAAUAUCAGAAAAGGAACGUUUCAGGGUGACAUACAUUCGUACUUGGAGGAGGUGAACUUCUCGUUCAACAUGAUCACAACGAUUCAAACUCACACGUUCGUCGACCUGCCGAAAUUAACGAUGAUAAAUUUAGAAGACAACGCCAUAAAUAGAAUCGAGAGGCGAGCAUUCAUGAACAUGAAACAGUUGAAGUAUAUUAACCUGAGGGGUAACAAGAUAACGGACAUCACGGAUGAGUCUUUCCAGAAUUUGCCAGAUCUGGAGUUCCUCGAUCUGGCGUACAACGACCUAACCGAGUUCGACUUCGCCUCGUUCGACCAAGUGGGAACGUUGUCUUCGUUCAAAGUAAACGCCAGCCACAAUGAGAUCCCGAAAUUGUGGAUCAACAGCACUACGUUUACACCGCCAACCACCAUUGGCGGGACAAUUCAAUCGAACAUCAAGGUCUUGGAUCUCAGUUACAACAACAUAUCCGACAUAAUGAAGUAUUACUUCAAGCCAGUCGAAUAUUCCUUGACGCAUCUGUAUCUAGCUCACAACCAAUUGAGCAACGUGACCCAAGGUGUCUUUGGAAAUAUGCCACACUUGCAGUGGCUAGACCUGAGUCACAACGAGCUGAUGGAGAUCGACUUCGACUGCUUCAGAAACACAAAGAACAUCCAAGUGCUCUCCCUCUCUUGGAACAGUAUCAUGGACAUUCCAGCGGAAGCGCUCAGACCAUUGAGGAAAUUAAGGAUCGUCGACCUCUCUCACAACAAACUGAGAACGCUGCCGGAUAACAUGUUCUCAGACGCAAAUAUCGAGAGUCUGGAUUUGUCUCACAAUCAGUUUAUGAGAUUACCUGUGAAAACAAUGUCCAUCUCGGCCGCUGCCAGUUUAUCUAUGCUGGACCUGUCUUGGAACACUCUGUCAGGAAUUCAUACUACCGACGCUGUAUUUAGACUACGAAGUCUAACAUGGCUAGAUAUAUCUUACAAUCGCCUGGUCAGACUCGACGACGGAGUGUUCUCCGAGCUACCAUACUUAACUCAUCUGGAUUUGAGUCACAACAAGCAAUUGCUCUUGGAAUCACGCGGAAGAACGUUCCACGGUUUAGAAGACUCCCUUUUGUAUCUCGACUUAAGCAACAUCUCACUUUUAAGUGUGCCAGAAUUGCCGCUAAGGCGAUUACAAACGUUGUACUUGGCGCACAAUGAGUUGGCAUCGAUACCAGCGGAAAUGGCAUCGAACUUGACGUCCCUUCAUUACUUGGAUCUAAGCGCCAACGAUCUGACUGUGGUGCCAUUGAUCACGCACACUCUACCUGAAUUGAAAACGUUUAAUCUAGCGGAUAAUCCCAUCACGGCCGUCAGUAAUACUAGUUUCUUAGGUAUCGCGGACAGUCUUGAGGAACUGGACAUACGAAGACUGUCUUUAACCACUUUCGAGAGCGGGGCACUUUGCAAAGCUACGAAACUCCGCAAGUUAUAUAUAACCGCUUACAACGGCGUGAAGAAUUUCAACUUCCCCAACAUCCUCGAGUACAAUCACGGCCUAAGGCAUUUGGUCAUCGACGUACAAAACGACACGGAUCUGGAGAAAGAAAUGAAGGGAAAGUUUCCCAACAAGUUGUUCAAUAUAACAUUGACUGGUCAAUCAUUGAAGAAUAUAAACGCGGAUAUUUUGCGAGGUAUAAGAAAUCCGCAUUUGCACUUCGGGAUGUACAACACGAGCGUGAGCGCAGUGCCCAAGGAGAUGUUUGAGAAUGCAGAAUGGGUGAGGAACGUGACGGUUCACCUUCAUCACAACGACGUGCGAACCCUUCACAACCCAUCGAACGGAUAUAAGCCAGGCGUGCCAGGAAAACGAUUUUUAUUGAAACUGACGGUGAGAGGAAGCUACUUCACUUGCGACUGCGACAUCGGAUGGAUGGAAAAUUGGCAGAGGAAGCACAGACAGUACCAAGAAGACCGCUGCACGACCUACAGCGAGUUCAAGAACUUCGAACGGGACGAGGAGGAUGACGAGUUUGAUUGUUGGGACAACGGCUGGGACGACGAUCUUCGCGAGGCAUUUUGCUUAAACAAAAAUAACGUAUCAGUAUUGGAAGCGUUAAAGACCGAUCUCGAAUGUGGAUGGGGCGCGGCGAGUUACACUCACCCACCUCGUCAUCUCAUUCUUUUCUUUCUCAUUUUCACGGCAAUCGUCUAUUAGGUCUUACCUUUCACACAUAUAAAUUUCAUUCCACGCGUUUAAAAUCGGUUUCACCAUUUCCUUUCCUCGCAAUGUACGACGAUUUAAAGUGCGAACAUGCGACAUAUCAUUUACUAAAAUAAUUUAAACAUAAUCACCGUCUCAUUCCAAAGGAGUACACACAUCGUGAAUGUGAUCACAUUUUGUUGUUCGUCGUGGCCAUGUAAAUGAAUAGCAAUGGCGAGUACAAGUAUAUUGUAACAAUUGUGUAUGUUAUUAAUAAGUUGUUUAACAGUGGUACUUUAUUUGUUUUUACGAAAUAUUCAGUAAGUAUUCGUAUUUAUCGUAGAGGCAGAUUAUUUAAUUACUAGUAAGCAAUAGAUUAAGCAACGUCGUCCUUGGUAUCGUGUUUGAUUCAUCGGUGAUAGUUAUUUAUUGAUAUGCAUGUGAUAUAGCGGUUAAUGCGAGCUUGAUCAUAUUCACGAUACUCGCUUCUGUUUAAUCUUCUUUCGAUGGAAUUACAUUUCGUACGAGAAACUGUUGACAAGGAUGAUAUCGUUUAAAAGAAAUAAUUUAGACUGAGUUUGCACUUUGAUCGAGCGCAUCAGAAGGAAAGGAACUCUUGCACAUCCCUUCGUUUCUUCGCCUAAAGCAGCACGCUUCGAAUCAAUGAGACUGUCAGAUCAAUUGUUCAGAUACUCGUACAAAGUGACCAACAAUUGCGGAUCGAUAUGCUUCUUCUUUCGAUCUGUAACGCGUCUUCGUCGCGUUGAUAGGAAUUGAAGUUUUAUUCUCUUCUUCGUAGCUCUCUUCUUGCGGUCGUUGUAUAAAAGUCGCGCAGGGUAUUCUUCCUCGUCUUCUUCGCGCUAACAGUAAGUCGUUGUCGAACUAAGAACUUGCAAACAAAUCGAGAACAAACUCGUCUCUCUUCUUUGCUUGAAAGAAGAAAUUGAAUUUCACAGGUUGAAGUUCUUUUUUUAUAUUCGUAGGGAACAAGAUCAGAGAUUGAAGAAAUUCCCUCUUCAAAGAUGAAGAUGAAUUUGUAUUCCACGAGGGAAAAAAGAAUUUCAAUCUGUAUUUAAGAUCCUAAUUCGACAAUGGAAACGUGCAUUUCUACAUUUUUUUCAUAAUUACAUUCAAAUUGUCACACGUUCAAAAACAUUUGGAGGAUACUAGACGUAUGUCUUCGAUCAUUAACCUGUAGUUAAUUCGGUUAACAGAAAUUUUAUAUUAUCUGAAUCUAUUUGCUUUCCAGUGUGUGCUGUCGACACAUUUUUUUUAAAUAAAAUCGCACCGAAUACUAUGAUACACGUUCUUAUCAUUAUUUGUAAUAUUCUACCUUUAAGUAUAUUAUAUAGAAAAGAAAUUAAAAAUCAGUGAAUUUAGGAAAUUUUUCAAAGAUUUCGUAACGAUAAAUUAGAAUCGUUCAGCGUGGAAAACAUACACGAAAGAAUCGAUCGAAUUGUAGAAUAACAAGUUAAUUUGAAAUUAACAAGGCAAAAUCGAUAGGUGUAUUUAAAGGAGCUUUUUUAAUUGUGCAUGUAUAAACAAUUCUCAAUAAUUAUAUGACAAAUCACGUAAUAACCACAUUAGUUCUAAAAUCAUCCAAUUAAAUAUAAACGAUCGUUAUUACGAUUAAUUGUAGAGCAUGAUCUUUGCUAUUAUAUCAAUUACCAUGUGUACAAUUGGUAAGACAAUAAAACCGAAUAUAAAUAUUAGACAUA